UUUGAAACGUUGGGGCUGUUGGAGUGGUUGGAUUUUCCCUGGAAUUGAGUGAGAAAUUCAGAAGACUGAAGCCCAGGCUUACUGUCUACCUUUCACGGAGGCCUAGCCGUGAGAGGACAGAAGAAGGCACGUGGCGAAUCAUGACCGCUGACAAAGACAAAGACAAAGAAAAAGAGAAGGAUCGGGACCGGGACCGGGACCGAGAGAGAGAGAAGAGAGACAAAGCCAGAGAGAGUGAGAAUUCAAGGCCUCGCCGGAGCUGUACCUUGGAAGGAGGAGCCAAAAACUAUGCCGAGAGUGACCACAGUGAAGAUGAGGACAAUGACAACAACAGUGCCACGGCCGAGGAGUCCACGAAGAAGAACAAAAAGAAGCCACCGAAAAAAAAGUCUCGUUAUGAAAGGACGGACACUGGAGAGAUAACCUCCUACAUCACGGAGGAUGACGUUGUCUACAGACCCGGAGACUGUGUGUAUAUCGAGAGUCGGAGGCCAAACACACCGUAUUUCAUCUGUAGCAUUCAAGACUUCAAACUGGUCCACAACUCCCAGGCCUGUUGCAGAUCUCCAACUCCUGCUUUGUGUGACCCCCCAGCAUGCUCUCUGCCGGUGGCAUCACAGCCACCACAACAUCUUUCUGAAGCCGGGAGAGGGCCUGUAGGGAGUAAGAGGGACCAUCUUCUCAUGAACGUCAAAUGGUACUACCGCCAGUCUGAAGUUCCAGAUUCUGUGUACCAGCAUUUGGUUCAGGAUCGACACAAUGAAAAUGACUCUGGAAGAGAACUUGUCAUAACAGACCCAGUUAUCAAGAACCGAGAACUCUUCAUCUCUGAUUACGUGGACACCUAUCAUGCAGCUGCCCUUAGAGGGAAGUGUAACAUCUCCCAUUUUUCUGACAUAUUUGCUGCUAGAGAAUUUAAAGCUCGAGUGGAUUCGUUUUUCUACAUUUUAGGCUAUAAUCCCGAGACAAGGAGGCUGAACAGCACCCAGGGGGAGAUCCGCGUCGGGCCCAGCCACCAGGCCAAACUUCCCGAUUUGCAACCGUUUCCUUCUCCAGAUGGUGACACUGUGACCCAGCACGAGGAGCUGGUGUGGAUGCCGGGGGUGAAUGACUGUGACCUCCUCAUGUACUUGCGGGCUGCAAGGAGCAUGGCGGCCUUUGCAGGAAUGUGUGACGGAGGCUCCACUGAGGAUGGCUGCGUCGCCGCGUCUCGAGACGAUACUACCCUCAACGCUUUGAACACGCUCCACGAAAGCGGGUACGAUGCUGGCAAAGCACUGCAGCGCCUGGUGAAGAAGCCUGUGCCCAAACUGAUCGAGAAGUGCUGGACUGAGGACGAAGUGAAACGCUUCGUUAAAGGGCUCAGGCAGUACGGCAAGAACUUCUUCAGAAUUAGAAAAGAGCUGCUUCCCAGCAAGGAAACGGGGGAGCUGAUCACUUUCUACUACUACUGGAAGAAGACCCCGGAGGCGGCCAGCUCCCGUGCGCACCGCCGGCACCGCAGACAGGCUGUGUUCAGGAGGAUCAAGACCCGGACGGCGUCCACGCCCGUCAGCACGCCCUCCAGACCCCCUUCCAGUGAAUUCUUGGACCUGAGCUCCGCCAGUGAGGAUGACUUCGACAGCGAGGACAGUGAGCAGGAGCUGAAGGGGUACGCCUGCCGCCACUGCUUCACCACCACCUCCAAAGACUGGCACCACGGGGGCCGGGAGAACAUCCUGCUGUGCACGGACUGCCGCAUCCACUUUAAGAAGUACGGAGAGCUGCCCCCCAUCGAGAAGCCCGUGGACCCCCCGCCGUUCAUGUUCAAGCCUGUCAAAGAGGAAGAUGACGGGCUCAGCGGGAAACAUAGCAUGAGGACGCGGCGGAGUCGGGGCUCGAUGUCUACACUGCGCAGUGGCCGGAAGAAGCAGCCAGCCAGCCCUGAUGGUCGUGCCUCACCCAUCGCCGAAGACAUCCGCUCCGGCGGCCGGAACUCCCCCAGCGCCGCCAGCACCUCCAGCAACGACAGUAAAGCCGAGACCGUGAAGAAGUCGGCCAAGAAGGUCAAAGAGGAAGCCUCUUCCCCUCUGAAGAGCACCAAGCGCCAGCGAGAGAAGGUGGCCUCCGACACCGAGGAGGCGGACAGGACCAGCUCCAAGAAGACGAAAACCCAGGAGAUCAGCCGGCCCAACUCCCCAUCAGAGGGCGAGGGGGAGAGUUCCGACAGCCGCAGUGUCAACGAUGAGGGCAGCAGCGACCCCAAAGACAUCGACCAGGACAAUCGCAGCACCUCCCCCAGCAUCGCCAGCCCCCAGGACAACGAGAGCGACUCGGACUCCUCUGCCCAGCAGCAGAUGCCUCAGGCCCCGCCCCCAGCCCUGCCAGCUCCCAGCGGGGCUCCCCCAGCCACCACCCGGCUUCCCACGCCAGGACCCGCACCGACUGCCCCUGCAGCCCCCGCCCAGGGCUCCCCCUCCGCCACCCAACCCCCCAGCCAGCCGCAGGCCCCAGCUCCCCACAGCCAUAUCCAGCAGGCACCUGCUCUGCACCCUCCCGGUGGCCCCCCUCCCAUCACUCCACCCACCUGCCCCUCCACCUCCACCCCACCUGCGGGCCCCAGCUCCUCAGCCCAGCCGCCCUGCUCUGCUGCUGUUUCUUCUGGAGGCAGUGUGCCUGGGGGGGCCUGCCCGGUCCCCCCCGUCCAGAUCAAGGAAGAGGCGCUGGACGAUGCUGAGGAGCCUGAGAGUCCCCCUCCCCCACCUCGGAGCCCAUCCCCCGAGCCCACUGUGGUGGACACCCCCAGCCACGCCAGCCAGUCGGCCAGGUUCUACAAGCACCUGGAUCGGGGUUACAACUCGUGCGCGCGGACAGACCUCUACUUCAUGCCUCUGGCGGGGUCCAAGCUGGCCAAGAAGAGGGAGGAGGCCGUGGAGAAGGCCAAGCGGGAGGCCGAGCAGAAGGCCCGGGAGGAGCGGGAGCGCGAGAAGGAGAAGGAGAAGGAGCGCGAGCGCGAGCGGGAGCGGGAGCGCGAGGCAGAGCGCGCGGCCAAAGCGUCCAGCUCCGCCCACGAGGGCCGCCUCAGCGACCCCCAGCUCGGGGGUCCCGGCCACAUGCGGCCGUCCUUCGAGCCGCCGCCCACCACCAUCGCGGCCGUGCCCCCCUACAUCGGGCCCGACACGCCGGCCCUUCGGACUCUGAGCGAGUACGCGCGACCCCACGUCAUGUCGCCGACCAACCGCAACCACCCCUUCUACGUGCCCCUCAACCCCACCGACCCCUUGCUGGCCUACCACAUGCCCGGCCUCUACAGCGUGGACCCCACCGUGCGCGAGCGCGAGCUGCGGGAGCGGGAGAUCCGCGAGCGCGAGAUCCGCGAGCGCGAGCUGCGGGAGAGGAUGAAGCCUGGCUUCGAGGUGAAGCCCCCGGAGCUGGACCCCCUGCACCCCGCCACCAACCCUAUGGAGCACUUCGCCCGGCACAGUGCCCUCACCAUCCCCCCCGCUGCGGGCCCCCACCCGUUCGCUUCUUUCCACCCGGGCCUGAACCCCUUGGAGCGGGAGAGACUGGCCCUGGCGGGCCCCCAGCUGCGGCCAGAAAUGAGCUACCCUGAUAGACUCGCCGCCGAGCGGAUCCACGCGGAGCGCAUGGCCUCGCUGACCAGCGACCCCCUGGCCCGCCUGCAGAUGUUCAACGUGACCCCACACCACCACCAGCACUCCCACAUCCACUCGCACCUCCACCUCCACCAGCAGGACCCCCUCCACCAAGGUUCAGCAGGCCCAGUUCACCCGCUGGUCGACCCCCUGACUGCUGGCCCUCACCUGGCUCGCUUUCCCUAUCCUCCUGGCACCCUCCCCAACCCUCUGCUUGGCCAGCCGCCUCAUGAACACGAGAUGCUUCGUCACCCCGUCUUUGGCACCCCCUACCCCCGAGACCUGCCGGGGGCCAUCCCGCCCCCCAUGUCUGCAGCCCACCAGCUGCAGGCCAUGCACGCCCAGUCAGCGGAGCUGCAGAGACUGGCCAUGGAGCAGCAGUGGCUGCACGGACACCCCCACAUGCACGGGGGCCACCUGCCCAGUCAGGAAGACUAUUACAGUCGACUGAAGAAAGAAGGUGACAAGCAGUUAUAAGUUAUUUAUUUGUUACGCUGGCUGUGGAAACCCCAAUUCUAGGAGGGUGAAACAGGACUUUUUACAUACAAUAGGAGCUGCAAAAGCAAAAAGAAUAUCUUCUAAAGAUUUCUUUAUAUAUUUAAAAGCCCACAACUAAAAUUGUAUCCGCAUUCUAGUGUUCGUUUGUAGAGAGGAUUCCUUGAGACUGGUUUGGGUCUCCCUGCAUGACCGUCCCCCAGAAACUUAGUGAGUCCUGGACUGGACUGAACACUUGGAACCCUUCCCUGCCACCUUGGGGUUUGGCUUUGCUUUUGUUUUCUUUCCUCCCUUGAUUUCUCAGUCGGUGCUAGAGCCCAGGUCACGCCCUGUGUGCAGACACACUUGCACGUGUGUUCCAGAACCCUCGAGGUUUGCCGCUCGGCGGCAUAUGAGUUUGGAAUCCAAGAGCUAUAAUUUUUAAAAAAUCUUUUAUUUUAAUACAUUGUAGGAGAUCUUCAUGAUUUGAGGAAGUUCUGCGCAUGGCUUUUUACGUCUGUAAAUAAGUACUUUUAGAACAGCCUUUUUUUUCUUCCACAAACUACUAUUCUGAUCUAUUUUUCCCAGCCAUGUCACUACUUGUGAAUUCCUACCAGCUAUUGACAGAAUACAGAGUUGAUUUUUUAAUAAAAAGUUAUAUAUAAUUAUCCCUUUGAUUAAAGGGAGCAGGUGGGCGUUACUAGCUGCAACGGCAGAAGCUUGGGGCUGGGUUCGGUGGCACCCAGGGGCUGCAGGGAAGACGUCACAAACUGUUUCUCUGUGUUCGCUUUGCUUUCCCUUCUGUCUGUCCCAGCCUGUGCUUUGCCGGAGGUGCAGACUCUAGAACCCUCUUUGUUUUGCACCAGGAGUGCAGGAGUUAAAUGUCCUGGGUAGAAAGCACAUGUUUGUGUGCCUGACUGUAGAUUUCCUGAGCGAAUUCUAUGCACACACAUCUGAUUGUUCUGGGUAAACUGCCUUGUUUAAUACUCUGACAAUUUCAUAAACAUUCUAGAAAAUUCAAGAAAAUGAUUCCCUGUGAAUAACUCAGCACAUAUGCUUGCCUGAGGGAUCGGCUGGAAGCCUGCCGUGUGUGGCCUCGCCUGAUCUCGUGAGGCCGGGCGAUCCUCGGCCCGUGUGCACGGAGCCUGCAUUUGAGGGGACCUGGGGCCCACACUGGUGCCUGCCCAGGAGCAGGACUGGCUGGUGACCCCUGUCAGCAGUGGCCGUCUGGGUCCCAUGCCACCCUGGGAGUGGGAGGCAGGAUUAGCGGCUGCUGAGCCAAGCUGGCGUGAGGAGCAGGGCAGCUUGGGGCGGCUGCACCCAGUGAGCAGCAGCUUCUGCCAGCCUGGGACUCCCCUCCCAGACGCCAGGGCCCCCUUGAGGUGUAUGCGGUAGUCACGGCAGGAGCUGCUGGGCCCGGGAGAGGACCUGUGGGUCAGCCUGUGUAGAAGGGGUUCAGGUGGAGAGGUUGCGCUUUGGCCCAGCAGCCCUCGGGUGCUGGUUCAGAUUUAGGCUCCAGCCCAGCCAGGUCGGGCCGUUCGGCUGGUUAGAGCCCGGCUGGUUUCAUCUGGGACAGAUAAAUGGGUUGUUGUCUGUUGAAAAUGUUGUAGUUUUUUUCUUUUGUUAACUCAUUCCAUUUCUGCCUUAACUAUAGCUCCUUAGAGAGGAGGCAAGUUUGAACGAACUUUUGGUCAUCAAACUUGAGGCCGCACGGGCAGGAGGCCUGUUUCUGGGGUGCCAGUGUGCAAGCGAGGUGCUGUCCCCAGGGCCUGGGGCCCGGCCGGGCCUCUUCUCGUCCGACUCUGGACCAGACAGGCCGGCCGACCCCUGCCGCUCCUCCCACCCCGCCCACCCUGGCCGCCCACCUCUCCCCGAGAGGCUUCUGUUUUGCUUGAACGCGACCCUCUGUCUCCUCUGUUGCCCAUGUUUCCAAAGAAGAGGGGUCCUCGCGGUGUGUGCCUGAGCGCUGUCUGGGGCGCGCCGUCUGGUUCCCUCCUCCCUCCCCCCCCCAGGUGAAGCACUGAGAUUCUUCCAUCACAGCCCACACCCCUCACCCCUCACCGGUCACGGCGCUUCGGUUUGGAGGCGCCAGCCUCGCGGUUCUGUGAAGCCGGACCCCUCAGCCCCCCCGCCGCGGUCCCCGCCCCGUCUGCAGUCUGGGUUUGCUCCGUGUUGUCGUCCCUUGUUCCCUGUCGUCGAGGUUGAGCUUCAGUUCACUGCGCAGCCGCAGAGCGCGUGUACAUCCUGAUUUGCUACGUCUCUAUAUAUCUUGAGCUAAAUGUAUAUACGAGUAGUUGCCAUGAGAUGACAGUGUGAGCAGAGUAGACACCCAGAAUCGUGACUUCUGUGUUCUCUCCAUUUGAGUAUUUUGUAAUUUUUUUGAAAUAUUUGUGGACAUAAAUAAAACCAAGCUACACUACAAUGCCUGGG